UCUACAUGUACAUCGAGGGUGAUAGUGCUAGUUAUGGUGACACGGCACGUAUCAUCAGUUCAGAGUGCACUGACAUUCAACAUCAGUGUCUUCAGUUUUGGUACCACAUGUACGGUUCCAGUAGCACCAUGGGACUGAGCGUCUACCAUCUGCAGGGAAAUGUGGCCAAAGAGGUGUGGAAGCAGAGAGAAAACCAGGGAGACAUAUGGUACCGUGCACUGGUGGACCUGAGACCAACAGGGAAGUUUCAGGUGAUCUUUGAGGGACGUAGAGGAAGCACAUCCCUGUCAGAUGUUUCCAUUGAUGAUGUCUCUCUACACAGAGGAUCCUGUGAUGAUUUAACAAACCCAUUGCCACCCGGACCCAUCCAAACUACAACCAGACCUACCCAAACUACACCCAGACCUACCCAAACUACACCCAGACCCAUCGAAACCACAGCUGGACCCAUACAAACUACAACCUCAGAUGGUGGAAGUGCAGUUUGUAGCCUGAACUGUGAUUUUGACGGUGAUAUCUGCGCUUGGAGUCAGAUGCCGACUGAUGCUUUUGAUUGGACAAGACACACAGGCUCCACCCCCUCUUCCAUGACUGGCCCCUCCUCUGACCACACAACAGGAAGUGGGUCCUGA